AUGCCAUCCGCAACAUCGCACGAUGUCGCCUCCUUCGACGUCGUCGGGACCUACCAUCGCCUCCUCUCCGAGGACCCGGACCUCACAAUGCCUGUAGCAGCAAUAGAAUCGCUCAUUCUCGCACUCGCCAAUACACCCUCCACCACCGUCUCCGAAACCCUUGAUCUGGUGCAAAGCCUCACUGCAUCCCUCAAGACCUCGAUACCGAACAGUAUUUCCUUGUCAGCAGGCACAGAUCUCUUCCAACAAUACCUCAUCGCCAACCUUCAGCGUCCAUCCACCACGGGCCACUCCUUCGACGAGGUUCGCAAUCAUCUGAUCCAGAACGGGAAACUCUUCGUCGAACGAGCAAAAGCCGCACGAGAAACCAUCGCUUCAUUCGGAAGGCACUUCAUCAGAGAUGGAAAUACAGUCCUUACGAAUGGCGGCUCAAGAGUCGUGGGCGCAUUGUUGAAAUCCGCGGCAGAAACAGCGAACUCCUCUUCUGGACGCGGUUCAAUUCGGUUCCGAGUGAUCUACGUCGUGACACCUCCUGCUCCAGGGCUAUCGUCGUCUUCGAAGGAAAGAGAAAUGGACGACGAGUCCACUGCCAACAUCUCCGCUCUUCGCGAGCGUGGGAUACCCGUUGCUGUAAUUCCACCUACAGCUACUGCUUACUGCCUCGAUCAAGUCACAUCAUGCUUCGUUGGUGCUGAAGGCGUCGUGGAAAACGGAGGAAUCAUCUCUCGACUGGGAACGUAUCAGAUGGGAAUGUUGGCCAAAGCUGCCGGGAAACCGUUCUAUGUUGUGUCGGAGAGUCACAAAUUUGUGAGGUUAUAUCCUCUAGGCCAACGGGACUUGGGAAUUGAGCAAAAAGUUGUGGAAUUUAGGACGAACGAGGGGCCGGUGGGAGAAGACAAUGAGAAUGUGGUGGAUGAGAAGGAGACGGGGCAAAAGGAGGGAAAAACUUGGAGGCCGGAGGAAGCGGUAGAUUACACGCCGCCUGGACUGAUUAGUGGCAUUAUCACUGAGUCGGGAGUUCUACUGCCUAGUGCUGUGAGCGAGGAACUUAUCAAGAUCUGGUUCUGA